GCCGUUGAUUUGGCGGGCGCUGCAAAACGUAAACAGAGGUAGCUGAAAAGAUGGAGGAAAGCAAGUCAGCAACACAAGCGGAUACUACAGGUAAUUUAGGUGCGAAAGACUCAGCUGAAAGCCAGGCUAAUGAAGCGACAGGGGAAGUUUCAUCACAGAUGCCGAAUAAACCGACAGAGGAGACGGAGGCUCGGUACAAGAGGAUGAAGCUAUUCGACAAAGUGAUGCAGAAGAGCCUGAAUAAGUUCAUCGAAGAUGCCAGUUUUAACAGAUUCGUCAGCAUGUUUCAUCCACUGUACAGUAAGAACCCUCAGAGGAUGGAGAGCAUUCACAAGCAGUUCAUAGAGGAGCUGCGGCGCACUAUACAGGAAGACCUCAACAAACUGAUUGAAGAAGGCCAGCUAGAGUUAAAACUGAAUGAGCUGGACAAACUAGAGAGAGCUGCCAAGGACAGUCCAGAUCCUGCAUGGCGACCAAGUGGGGUGCCUGAGCAGGACUUUUGCAGCCUUUUGAUGCCGUACUAUCAAAAACAGGAAGCCUACAUGCGACGGGAGCUGAAAAAGAUUCAAGCAGAGAAUGCUGCCCUAGCACAGAAGGUUCAGAGUGGAAGAGAGAGCAUUGCUCAGACUGAAAACCGCAUUUCUGCCACCAUUGAUGAGUGGAAGGCAUCAGUGACAGAGUUUGAAAGGCUGGCAUCUUCUCUCCGCCCUGCUGAUGUCUUUGAUGUGUGAUCUCCAGAAUGUUCACUAACUUAACUGUACAUAAUGAGUUUUUUUUUUUACUGUGAAUGUUUGAAAAUAAACAUGGAAUUUUGGAAACGAUCGGCGCUUGUAGUCCUGUGUACGUUUGCAAUUACGGUGCCUUGCGUGUUUAUUUCCUGUAUUACGGUAUGUGGGCCACGAACAGAAGUGAGGAGCGGAGUAGUUGACACUCGGAUUCUCCAUGAACAGUUUUCGCACGUAUAACAGGCCAUAAGCUAGAAGAACCCGGCAUUUUUUGUUCCAUAUAAAUGUAUUAUUAGA